UCAGUGUUGUCUAGUGCCCAUAAAGCUCGACUAUAAAUUCAUGUCCACCCCCUUUCACUUCUCCUUCAUGUUCACUCCUUCCUUCUUUACCUCCUCUUUAAUCUCUCUCCUACAGCCCAUUCAUCUCAAUUUCUACACAAACCAAAGCAUGGGUUUUGUUUAGAGAAUUGUGUAUGAUCUUAAUUUUGCCUUUUUGAUGCCAUAAACCUCCAAAACUCUGCCAUUUCAAACCAAAUAAAGUUUUCCCUGUUUCUUGUUCAUUUCCUCUGUUUUUUUUUCUCCUGCAAAUUUCAAAUUGUGAAAAUGUCUUGUUCAAGUUAUUGUCAGGGCCUCCAGUCAUGCCUGGAGCCAGCCCGCCGGCAGAUGGAACCGUGUGUUUUGAGGCUAAAAUUGGCUCCACCAAAAUACAACAUUUCCCUUUGUCCACCACCAGAAGGCAAGUCUUUUGUCCCUGACUCCGAUGGCAACUCCAAAAGCUCCAACCAUAAUGUUGACAUGGGUGGCUGGAGUUUCCUCCAAUCUCUAGCCAGCAAUACCUCUCAAUGCACCAAAGAAGGCACCGAGAAGGACAAAAUUUAUACCCCCCCGAACUUUAAACGCUCUUCUUCGAUGCUCAGCGAAAAGAGCCUGGAAAUGUGCACUGAAAGCUUGGGAAGUGAGACUGGCAGCGACGGUGGAGAAAGCAGCGAUGAGAUGGCUUUACUUUCUUUAUCAAAUGUGAAUCACGAGAGCCUGCGGGAGAAAUCAAAAUUUCGAGAAACAAAAAGAAUGAUGAGUCGAAGCACCAGCUUUCCACCUCCUUUGACAUCGAUUAGCGGCUCCACUACUGUUCAAGUGAGGCCUCACAGAGAAGGAGGUCGUCUAGUUUUGAAAGCAGUAAGCGUGUCUUCUUGCCAGGCAUAUUUUCGUGCAGAGCGUAUCGAUGGCCGGCUGAAGCUUCAUCUAGUGAAGGACUGCUCUCCUAGCCAUGACCCUGAAGAAGAAAAAGAAGAAGAAGAAGAAUCAUUGCAAGAACCAUCAGUUGAUGAGGAAAGUGAAGGUGAAGAAGACAAUUGGGAAGAGGAGUACUCGGAGGAAAACAGUGGAAAUGGUGGGGCUGAAAUGGGGAUGGAGAAGUUGCCUACGCCAAGCAGGUGCAAGGAAGGUGGGAGCGAAAGCAAAAGCUUGCUAAAUAAUUGGGGGACAUUUUGGGUGGCUACUUGAAAUUUCUUUCUUCUAAUUUCACUAUUAUAGUCUUUAGUUAUCUUUGUCUCAUUUUCUCCAGUGAUUAUAAUUUUGGAUUUCAUAUUAAAAAAUAUGCUAAUGGUAGUUAUUAUUGUUAUUA